AUGGUCUAUCACUCAACGAUCCCUGAUUCUCUGCGCGGCAUUGAGGCAACCAAGAGCAACUGUGGCACUUUCCCAUUCCUGAUCGUUGUGCCAUCAACGCUAAUCGACAACUGGAUGGCCGAGUUCAGGGCAUGGGCACCAUUUUUGGUUGUGUGCAAGUUGUCUGGUCAGGCCGCCAGCCGUGAGAUCCAGCUGGAGACCACGCUUUUCCGCAAACAAGCUCAAGGCAAGCUCGACCUCUGCUGCCAUGUUGUACUGGCCAGCUAUGAGUCGAUCAUUAAACGAGGAAUUCCGCAGUUCACGAAUCCGAGUUUCAUAUGGCAGGCGAUUGUAUUUGACGAGGGCCACCGGCUCAAGAACAACCAGUCCAAAACGUACCAGGAGCUGAAGAAGUUUAAUGCGCACCAGCGUGUGGUCCUCACAGGAACGCCGCUGCAGAACGAUUUGCGUGAGCUGUUCAACUUGCUCGGAUUCAUUGAUCCAGACAAGAGCAAUGAGAUGGUGAAUAUUGGGGCCAGCUUUGAUGUGACUGAUGAGAGGUCGGUUGGCCUAGUGCGCGAUAUGAUCAAUCCAUAUAUUUUGCGGCGUACCAGGGAUAAGAUCCCAGACCUGGUGCCGCCAAAGUAUGAGCUCAUUCUGCCAGUUCCAAUGUCCGAGCUGCAGCGCAAGUUGUACCGAGCGACGCUGACGAAGAAUACUAAGCUUCUGUAUGACAUUGCCAGGGCACUGCGGAAGAACGACAAGAACAUGGGCACUGGCGCUGGAUCCAUAGCAUCACUGCAAAAUGUGCUGAUGGAGGUGCGCAAGAUCGUCAGCCACCCAUACCUGAUCUCAGGCAUCGAGCCCACCUUUGAGACCACAGAUGAGGCGACCAGGCAUCUAAUCAGUUCAUGUGGCAAGCUUCAAGUGCUCCAUGCAAUGAUGCCAGAGCUGCGCACACGUGGCCACAGGAUGCUGAUAUUCUCGCAGUUCAAGGACACGCUGAUAAUUCUCCAGGACUACUUCGAUGCACAGGGGAUCACAUACUGUCACAUUGACGGCGACACACCUCAG